GCAGCCCCGUCUCCAGUCACUCAUGUGAAGAAAGGAAAAAUCGCCAAAAAUAGCAUUUCCUUGUCUUGGCAAGAACCAGAGCGACCCAACGGUAUCAUCCUGGAAUAUGAGAUCAAAUACUUUGAAAAGGACCAAGAAACCAGCUACACAAUUAUCAAGUCUAAGGAGACAGAAAUCUCAGCAGAGGGACUGAAGCCUGCGUCAUCCUAUAUAUUCCAGAUCCGAGCACGCACGGCCGCAGGGUAUGGCGCCUACAGUCGCAGAUUUGAGUUUGAAACCAGCCCAGUGUCAUUUGCUGCAACCGGUGAUCAGAGCCAGAUUCCUAUAAUAGCUGUGUCUAUCACGGUGGGGGUUAUUCUGCUAGCUGGAGUUGUCGGUUUUCUUCUUAGUGGAAGGCGAUGUGGAUACAGUAAAGCUAAGCAGGAUCCAGAAGAAGAAAAGAUGCAUUUUCAUAAUGGACACAUCUUCUGUUCCUCAACAGUUAAACUUCCAGGAAUAAAGACAUACAUUGAUCCUCAUACCUAUGAAGACCCAAAUCAGGCAGUGCAUGAAUUUGCCAAGGAGAUUGAUGCUUCCUGUAUAACUAUUGAGCGAGUUAUUGGAGCAGGUGAAUUUGGGGAAGUUUGCAGUGGCCGAAUUAAACUUCCUGGAAAGAGAGAGUUUCCUGUGGCAAUCAAGACUCUUAAGGCUGGAUACACUGAUAAGCAGAGAAGAGAUUUCUUGGGAGAAGCAAGUAUAAUGGGACAGUUUGAUCACCCAAAUAUCAUUCACUUGGAAGGAGUUGUCACAAAAAGCAAACCAGUGAUGAUUGUCACAGAAUACAUGGAAAAUGGUUCUUUGGAUACUUUUUUAAAGAAAAAUGAUGGCCAGUUCACUGUGAUUCAGCUAGUGGGUAUGCUGAGGGGGAUUGCAUCUGGAAUGAAGUACCUCUCAGACAUGGGCUAUGUGCACAGAGACCUGGCAGCAAGAAACAUCCUCAUUAACAGCAAUCUGGUGUGCAAGGUUUCAGAUUUUGGCCUUUCUAGGGUUCUUGAAGAUGAUCUGAAGCUGCAUACACAACAAGGUUUACAGGGAGGAAAAAUUCCCAUACGGUGGACAGCCCCUGAAGCAAUUGCUUUCCGUAAAUUCACCUCUGCCAGUGAUGUCUGGAGCUAUGGAAUAGUGAUGUGGGAAGUCAUGUCAUAUGGUGAAAGACCCUACUGGGAGAUGACAAAUCAAGAUGUAAUUAAAGCUGUUGAGGAAGGAUAUCGGUUGCCAAGUCCCAUGGAUUGCCCGGCUGCUCUUUAUCAGCUCAUGCUGGAUUGCUGGCAGAAGGACCGGAACAGCAGGCCCAAGUUUGAAGAGAUUGUCAGUAUGUUGGACAAGUUGAUCCGUAACCCAAGUAGCUUGAAGUCACUUGUUAAUUCGUCUAACAGGUAA